AUGGCAAUUCAUUCUGGCAAUGAAGCCCUUAUGUGCAAGGUAUUCCCCUCCAGCCUCAGGCUUGUGGCUAUAUGCUGGUUUGAUGAUUUAGAAGAGGGGUCAAUAAGAUCCUUUAAGGAGCUUACGAGGGCAUUUGGUGCAAGAUUUGUAAUAUGUAGUAGAGUCCCCAAGCCCUUGGACUCUCUUUUGUCCAUGGCCAUGAGGGAAGGUGAAACUCUCAAGAUCUACUCGGAUAGAUAUUGGGAAAUGUACAAUGAGAUAGAUGGAGAUUUUGAGGACGUGGUAGUGAGAACAUUUAAGGUAGGGCUAUCGACGGAGCAUGAAUUAAGGAAGUCAUUAACAAUGAAGCUUGCCCUUAGUAUGCGCCAGCUAAUAGAUCGCAUUGAUAAGUAUAAACGAGUAGAGGAAGAUCAGACCCAAGGAAAGGGCAAAGCUAAGGUUUUCCCAAAGAAAAGAGAUCCUCAGGGAAGAGGAUAUCAUAAUAACCGUUCUCCGAGAGACUUCCCCAAUCAGACAUUAUCUGUGGGGGCUCAAGUGGUUAAUUCAUUAUUCAAAGAGCCAGUCUAUCAAAUACUAGAGAAGAUAAACAAUGAACCAUACUUCAAAUAG